GUUGGGAUGGAAUGAAGUGUCUUCCAGCUCUCUGCUUCUCCCUCUCUGCUUCUACCGCAGAGGGCAGAUCUUAGGAUCACAUUAGUGACAGACUCAAGGAUGGAAUUGUUGCUGUCAUGAUCCUCCACUGCUCUUCCGAAUGGUUGUCUGAAAGCUCUUUUCCCACUCCUUCACUGAAGAGGUACAGCAGGAGAAGAGAAUUACUGACCACGCUUGUCAGCAUAUUAGAGCUGGAAGAGUGGGAAAGUGUAGCUGCAUGCUAGCUUUGCUCUGUUCCCAUGCCAGCAGUGCCACAGCAUAGAGCCAGUCUACUCCGCUGACGGCUGCAGCCUUCCUGGACCCCAGGAUGUGAUGACUGUGGGGGCCCUGUAUGCAGUAUGCAGAGGCUCCCAAGACGGACUUCUGUCUCCAUUGCCAUUUUCUCAGGCAGGUCUGAGGGAAAUGCAGUGAGAUGAAACCUCCAAGGGAACCAAGCAGCGCACUACGGAGCGUCCUGCACUGUGUAGUGGGUUGUGACCGCACACAGGAAGGGCCUUGUCAUCCCCAAACCCUGUGGCAGGGUCACCCUCUUCACCAUUGCUCACUCGUCCCUCACAUUCCCAGAGGGUAAUGCUCCACAUGCCGAUGGGUGGUAGAGACCUCUGCUGUGCUUGAAUGUGAGCUCUUGUAUGUUAAAUCUGAGAGGCUUGAGGUACCAUCUGCCUAUCAUGAAUGAAUUCCCAUGAUUUUGGAAUGCCAUCCUGACUUGAGACUUUAUAUUUACAUGAAAGAAGAAAGAAUUUGAAUGACCCCUGAUAUUACCAUCUAUUGCAGACUCACCACACUUCAGUGCACUGAGUAAUAUGUCCUGAGACAGUCUGCCUGUUCUGGAAGCUAAGAAUGGCUAUAGUGGUAUUAAGACCUGGACAAUAAACCCAUCAAUAGGGUUACAUGUGAAUCUGGUGGACUGGUGGGGCAGGGAUGUCCAGUGUCAUGGCAGGUAUGACUGGAAUUCUGCAACUGUUGUCUGCAGCUCAUCCAUGCCCCCUAGAUCCAUGCCAGGUUAAGGUCCAGGAUGACACUAAUAGAGAAGAAAACUGCAGAACUGCUUGUGCCCAACUGUAACCAAGAGAUGUGACUACUGGAUGCUUACUGUCUGUGACUUUUUUUUUUUUUAAGGUUUUUUGUUUUGUUUUAAAGAAAACUUGUGUGUAUGUGUGUUCUGCCUGGGUGUAUAUCCAGGUACCAUGUGUGUGCCUCGUGCCCACAGAGGUCAAAAGAGGGCAUCAGAUCUCUUGGAACUCAAAUUAUGGACAGUUGUGAGCUGCAUUGUAUGUUCUAGAAACCAAACUCUGUAAGAACAAGGGCUCCUGGUCAGCUCCUUGCAUGUAACUUUUCACGGGAGUACCUUCUUAGAUACAGGUUCUGAUGAACGUUCUCCUUGCCUGGCCUUUCUGAAAGUGGAGGAGGUGGGGGCUUUGGAAAGUGGCUACUAUAGUGUUGCUGGUCCUUCGUGUGAUUGUUCAUCUCUUGAAUCUACUCUGCCAGUCUCCUGCGGUGGGACCCUGAAGUGCCUGGAAGUUGGUCUCUUAAACAACUCUGACUUCCCCAUUCCUGUAGAUAGAUCUGCAGAUCUCACGCAUGUGCGUGCACAAACAGAAAUUAUCCCGCUUGUAGGUCAGAUGUGUGACAACCUCCCAAGUGGUUCUCAAAAGUAAAACAGGCCAUCCUGUCACCUGGAACUCUGGUAUAGAAUAUGAGGGGUAGUGCUGAGGGUGGCAGUGUUUCUCAGCAUUUGGGGUGUUUAUAAGGUUCAGGGGACGGCACCGGCACCCAAAAUAGAACGAGCUGUUCCAGAGCCCCAGGGAUUAUUUUGUGAACAGAACUGGCCAUGCACAAGCAUCUUUGGUCAUCAUGAGUCCACUGUCUGACUUCCCAUGGACUCAGACCUGGAUGCUUGAACUCUUCUCUACAAUGUACACGUUCAACUUAGUACACGUUCAGCUUAGAAGGUGGAUACAAGGGGCUGGGGAUUUAGCUCAGUGGUAGAGCGCUUACCUAGGAAGCGCAAGGCCCUGGGUUCGGUCCCCAGCUCCGAAAAAAAAGAACCAAAAAAAAAAAAAAAAAAAAAAAAAAGAAGGUGGAUACAAAUUAUAUUCAGUACUGAAACCUUCUUUUUAGGCAGGGUCUUAACAGUUGCUUGUCGGUAACAGUGGAGUAAAAUCUAAUUAUUCAGUUUGAUUUAUUUGGACAUUUCUGCUUUAGAGCUGUUGGGCUACAGAGGAGGUGGGAGUUAAGUGGAGUCUUAAAGGAGACUCAGGCCUAGGAUAGGUUCUAGGGGUUGCUUUUAUUCGUGAUCCCAGUCAUUUGGACCCAUGCUGUGUCACAUCUCUUUAGAAUGGCCAAGGAUCUAAAAAAGACAGGGUGACAGUAUAAGCAACAAGUGAGUCAGUCAUUACAACAAAGUGUGGCCCCUCUGCCAGACAUUGCCUGUCUGAUGUUUCCACAUCAAAUUUUCCAUCUUGAAGUGCAAAGAUGGUUUUGUCAGUUGGGUUUGGGGCAGCUCACAAGUACCAACUAAAAGCCUAGAGAAUGCCCACCCCAGCUACUGCCAACAGCUGGUGGUCGUUACCUCCCACCCAUAUGUGCUCCUGUUUCAGUCAGGCAGCUCUGGCUGUGCCCAUUCCUUCUGCUCUAGUGACUGGGAGACCACCGGGGAGGAGAGUCCCCAUUCCCUGACCACAACCUUUUCAACUCUGGUGGUGUAUUGAUCCACCCUGCUGUGAGGCUCUGGCCUAAGAUGUGUACCCAACGUCUUGUGUGGUCUGCUCCUGCUGACCUCGUGUGUCUCGAGGGUUCCUCCUCCGCCCAACCUACUUAAGGUAAGAUCCUUUUCUGCCCUUGUCCACCCACUCAGGAAGAAACACUGAAGAUUUCCUGCUGUGUGGUUCUGGGUCUUUCAUAGGCCGUCUCUGAAAAGCUUCACAUUAUCAUGAUUCUCAGUACCAUAUACUUAUGAGCAGUCCCUGGGUCACUAGGGAGGCAAGCCUUUCUCUGCCAUCAAGUAUGUGUCCUACAGGACAAGUGAUGUGGAUGGAAGACUGACCUCACUGUUAGGUCCAGGUUGUUUUCUCCAGAACUGGGAAUUGAGUCCAGGGCCUCACACACACUGAGCACAUGCUUAACAAAUGAGCUAUACCCUAGCUUCAGGUCCUAAUAAUUCUUUUAAUACAAAUGUAUGAUCAGGAAGACCUGUUAGGCAGUUGAAGGCUCAGAAGGCAUUUUGUGGAGAGUGGAGAUGAGAUUCUAAGUGCAAUGAGAAGCCUUUAGUGGGUGUGUCCCAGUUGGCCUGCAGCUGUGUAGGGGAGGCAUUUGUUUAGAAUAACAGAAUAGAGGAGCGAUGAGGCAGUAUGAGGAAGGAGCCUCAGAAGCCUUCCUGAAGUGAAGCUGAGACCCACCCUAGAUCCUAGCCUUUUGGUCAGUUCUCAGAACACCUUUGCCUAGGAUUUCAAGGUCAAUGACCACCUUUGAUGCCCUUUGUGCCUGUGUUACAGUUCUCUCACCAGCCCAGUUCUGCUCCAAGAGAUCCAUUUUUAAAACUGCCUUAAAGUUUUACUAUCUUUGCAUUUUGUUACCCAUUGAUCCCUAAUCUUUACUAGACUAGAACACAACCCUGUGAGCACUUCUGUCACUCCCAUCUACCGAAAUACACACACACACACACACACACACACACACACCAGAGAGAGAGAGCGCGCCACAGAGACACUCAUAAACACUGCUCACUGUCCUGUCAUUUCAGGCAGGUCUGGGGCCACAAUCCUCCAGGGAUUUCUCUUCCCCAGCAAGCUGGUCUGGGGCCACAAUCCCCCAGGGAUUUCUCUUCCCCAGCAGGAAGUCCCAGUGGUAAGCCUCUGGCUGCUUAAAGGUCCCUGGCCCUGCCUCCCGGGACAUCAGUGGGGCGGGGACUCAAUUCCGGGGGCAACUCGUCCUGGGAGAGCUAGACGGAAGCACUGGGACUGACACGUGGACUUGGGCGGUGCUGCCCUGUGGGUUGUCCUAGGUCUGAGGUGGGAGGGCACGGUGCACAACGGUGCCCAUGCCAUCCCAGCGCUCUAGCCUGAUGCAGCCAAUCCCAGAGGAGACCCGCAAGACCCCUUCUGCGGCAGCAGAGGACAAACGGUGGUCCAGGCCUGAAUGCCAGCUAUGGACGGGGAUGUUGCUCCUGGGCACCUGCUUGCUGUACUGCACGCGUGUCACCAUGCCUGUCUGUACCGUUGCCAUGAGCCAGGACUUCGGCUGGAACAAGAAGGAGGCUGGUAUCGUGCUCAGCAGCUUCUUCUGGGGCUACUGCCUGACUCAGGUGGUGGGCGGCCACCUUGGGGAUCGCAUUGGAGGUGAGAAGGUCAUCUUGCUGUCAGCCUCUGCCUGGGGCUUCAUCACUGUCACCACACCACUGCUUGCCCACCUCGGCAGCGGCCACCUGGCCUUCGUGACAUUCUCUCGAAUACUCACCGGUCUGCUCCAAGGUGUCUACUUUCCAGCCCUGACCAGUCUGCUGUCCCAGAGAGUGCAGGAGAGCGAGAGAUCCUUUACUUACAGCACUGUGGGUGCUGGCUCCCAGGUCGGGACUCUGGUGACUGGGGGCAUAGGGUCUGUGCUCCUGGACCGGUGUGGCUGGCAGAGUGUCUUCUACUUCUCAGGCGGCCUCACCUUGCUCUGGGUGUACUACGUGUACAAGUACCUGCUGGAUGAGAAAGACCUUGUCCUGGCCCUGGGUGUCCUGGCACAAGGCCUACCUGUGACCAGGCCCUCCAAAGUGCCCUGGAGACAACUCUUCCGGAAGGCCUCUGUCUGGGCGGUAAUCUGCUCACAGCUGUCCUCAGCUUGCUCUUUCUUCAUUCUACUCUCCUGGCUACCCACCUUCUUCAAGGAGACCUUCCCCCACUCCAAGGGCUGGGUCUUCAAUGUGGUACCCUGGUUGCUGGCAAUUCCUGCCAGUUUGUUCAGCGGGUUCAUCUCUGACCGCCUCAUCAGUCAGGGUUACAGAGUCAUCACGGUGCGUAAGUUCAUGCAGCCCUGUCCUGCAGGUCAUGGGCCUUGGUCUGUCAAGCAUUUUUGCCCUGUGUCUGGGUCACACCACAAGCUUCCUCAAGUCUAUGAUCUUUGCGUCAGCGUCCAUUGGCUUCCAGACCUUCAACCACAGUGGUAUUUCAGUCAACAUUCAGGACCUGGCCCCAUCCUGUGCUGGUUUCCUGUUUGGUGUAGCCAACACUGCAGGGGCCUUGGCAGGUGUGGUAGGCGUGUGUCUAGGUGGCUAUCUGAUCGAGACCACUGGCUCCUGGACCUGUGUGUUCCACCUGGUGGCCAUCGUCAGCAACCUGGGACUGGGCACCUUUCUGGUGUUUGGGAAGGCACAGAGGGUGGACCUGGUACCCACUCAUGAGGACCUCUAGCUUCCUGACGAUCAGUCCCCAGGACAUGACGUCAGCAGCCUAAAGACAACAACUCUGUCGGUGAAACUCUGGGAACUCCACCUCGGAUGUAUGAGCAGACAACAAGACCACAGUCUCCUGGGGAAUCCAAAUGAGUUGGAGAGAUAGCCUGAGUGCACACAGGAGUAAGGUCAUGACUCCACAAAUGCUUGCUAGUCCUGGCUUCUCUCAGGUUCAGUGGGACUGCUGCUGUUAAGGAAGAUACAUUGCCGAUGGGAGGUCUCCACAGCCUCAGUCCAUGAGGGUUGUUUCCCCGACAAGAUUUCUCUGUGUUAAGGAUGCGUUGUGUGCUGGUAGAUGUUCAUGGGGCAGUUCCAACCCCCACCUGCUCCAGGCAUCUUCCUAUCUCCAUCUCUCCAGUAACGAUACCCUAAGAAGUCUGUAGACACUAGACCAUGUCUCCAUAAGACAGGCCCACAGUUCAAAACCACAGAGAAGCCAUGGUUUCUGCUUCUCUCCCAAAGUCAGGCUGCCACUCCAGCUGGGCCAGUGUGCGGUAGGCUAGAGGUCCUUGCCUGCCUUUGCAGACCCUGGUUCCCAUCCUGUGGAUCUCUCAGCACUACUGAUGUGUCCUGGGCUGGCAGGUGCCUGGAAGUCCUCAGGCUUUGCCUGGACACUCCAGACAGCACAGACCCCAGAACAAGGAGGAACACCCCCACCACACACACACACACACACACACACACACACACACCCAUCUGGCCUUGUUUUUCUACCUCCCCUCUUAUUCUUUGUAGAGCUGGUCAUUUCAUGAGCUGAUCAUGAAUUCUCCAAGAUGCAUAUUAGAUUAUCUUUAUAGAUAUGGUGAGUCUCGCCAGGGCCUUAUUUAAGUGAAAACCAUUAAACUAUUUAAAUAUAA